UGAAAAGGUUAAAAAAAAAGAAAUACAACAAUAUAUCCAAAAAAGAGCAGAGCAAAUUGUAAAAGAACAAAAGAAAAUAUUAACUAGCUUGCUAGAGUAUCCGUUUUGUAAAGUAGUUCUAGACAGAGUAUAUAUACAACAUCAAGAGUCUACAAAUCUUUUAACUAACCCAGCAGAGGUUUUGGAAGAAGUCCGAUCUUAUUUUCAAAACCAGUUUAUAAACAGAAGAGAGGAUAGUGCUGAAAUAGAAAAGUUAUAG